AUGGAUCCACUUGCAAGAUAUAACUGUGUGAAAAGACUGAACUUGUGCUUGAAUUGCCUUGGAUCAGGUCAUAAAUCGAAUGAUUGUCCUUCAGUUCAUCUCUGUAAACACUGCAAUGUAGAACAUCAUACACUAUUACGUCGAAAUGAUUCAGCCAUUACCAACAUAUCACCGAGAGCAGGUUUGCUCUCAUCAUCUGCUCUUAAGGUGAGUCUCGAUCAACCAGAAGUUAUUCUUGGAACAGCAAUUAUUCAUGUUUUUAAUUCUCGGGGAGUGAGCAUCCGAGCUCGCGCUCUGCUAGUUUCCGGAUCUCAACUGCAUUUCAUCACGGAGAAAUUGGCACAACAUUUAAGAGUAACUCGAAAGGGCGUAGAUAUUGACGUCAGUGGAAUAGGUCAAAGGAGAGCAAAGGCACAACAUUUAUGUUGCAUAACGAUUAAAUCUCUAACCGAAGAGUAUAGUGCUACCAUUGAUGCACUAAUCAUACCAUCCAUUACGUCAUGUCAACCUAGUCGUCGCAUCGAUCAGUCAACCAUUUCGAUUCCAGAUACCAUUUCCAUCGCUGAUCCGACAUUUAACAUACCAGGACAGAUUGACAUACUCAUUGGAGCAGGAUUAUUUUUUGAGAUACUUAGUAAGGGCCAAAUACGUCUCAAUGGUCCAGUAAUACAAAAUACCAAAUUUGGUUGGGUGGUUGCAGGAGCAAUUCCUGCGCACGUAACAUCAGCAGCUGAUCCAUCACCUCCAUACAAAGCAUUCACAUCAGUCACAUCAGAGUCCAUUUUAGAUAAGCUCCUGGAAAGGUUUUGGGCAAUCGAAGACAUUCCAGUAUCGUCAUCGUCGAUUCUACCAUCGGAUGAGCUCGAAUGUGAAUCCUAUUUCAGUUCUACUACUCACAGGUGUCCCGUUACCAAUAAGUUCAUUGUUCGCCUUCCAUUUCGUGAAGAACCGCAUCACCUGGGUAGUUCAGAAGAAACCGCAGGCAAAAGAAUGUUUUCGUUAGAAUGCAAACUGAAUCAUCUUCGCAGAGAUUACAAUGAAUUCAUGGAAGAAUAUAUCAAUAUGAAGCAUAUGAUUCCAGUUAAUUUAGAACAUUCACCAAGAAAUCGCCUAAACUAUAUUCCCCACCACGGGGUUACAAAACUUGAUAGCUCGACUACUAAGCUGCGGGUAGUCUUUGACGCCUCCUGCAAAACCUCAAAUGGAUAUUGCCUGAACGAUAUGUUGAGAGUUGGUCCCCAGCUACAAGAUACGAUAUUCACAAUUUUGACCCGAUUCAGAAGACACAAAUAUGUCAUUAUGGCUGACAUUGCCAAAAUGUAUAGGCAAAUCUGGGUCGACGAACGAGAUACCGAAUGGCAAUGCAUUUUCUGGCGCCCCACCUCUCAACAACCACUUACCACAUAUCAGCUAAAAACAGUUACUUAUGGUACUAGUUGCGCACCGUACCUUGCUGUAAAAUGCCUUCAACAGCUGGCAAUUGAUGAAGCGAAAACUUACCCAAUCGGAUCAAAGGUAACACUAAGCGAUUUCUAUGUAGACAAUUUAAUAAGUGGCGCAGCUAGUAUCGGCGAGGUCAUCGAAAUCAAAAAUCAAACCAUAAACUUACUGAAUUGCGCGGGGUUUCCCUUACGAAAAUUUGCAUUGAACGCAUCUGAAAUUGUUGCCGAUAUUUUACCGGAAGACAAAUAA